AUGAUUAUAUAAAAUAAUUAACAAAAAAGAUAUCAGGGGAUACAUAUUGAAUAGUAAAGAAAAUAAAAAAAUGAAUAAUAGAUUAUUUAAUUGAUGAAGCUAAAAAUACAAAUUGAAAAAUGGUUUGAUUCAAGCUCUAAGUGCUCAAGUAAAGUCAGAUUAGAAUAGAAUAAAUAAAACAUCUAAUGA